AUGAUAAAGUUUAUCACAUCUACCGAGACGACGUUUGAGCAGACUGAUAGUGCUCUUAGAAAUCAGCAAGCGUCCAUUCAGAACUUGGAGAGUCAGAUUGGGCGAAUUCCUAAGAUGUUGGCUGAGAGGCAGCCAGGGACUUUUCCUAGCACUACAGAGCCUAACUCGAAGGAGCAUGUGAAUGCAAUCAUGUUGCGACCAGGUAAAUUUGUUCCCAGUCCUUCUUCUAUUUCUAACACUAAUGCUGAUGCGCAGGUAGAUUCAAGCAGGAAAGUUAAAGUUACCAAGGCAAAGGAACUAGAGAAGGAAGAGGCAAAGGAGGUUCCAUUAAGGGAAUACCAGCCCAAAAUCCCAUACCCUGCUAGAUUAAAGCAGGCGCAAGUCGAGCAGCAGUUUGGUAAAUUCCUAGACAUUUUUAAACAAUUGCAUAUAAAUUUACCUUUUGUUGAAGUUAUUUUCCAGAUGCCUCGGUAUGCGAAGUUCUUAAAGGAGAUUCUUAGCAAUAAGAGGAAGUUUAAGGACUCGGCAUGCAUGACAUUAAACGAGGAAUGUUCGGCAAUUUUCCAGAAUAAGUUACCGGAGAAGCGACAUGAUCCAAGGAGUUUUACUAUUCCUUGUAUUAUAGGUAACUUAUCUGUUAAUGAUGCCUUAGCUGAUUUAGGGGCUGUAAUCAAUGUAAUGUCGUACAGCCUGUUUAUAAAAUUGGGGCUGGGAGAGACCAAACCCACUAGGAUGAACAUGGAUGGUGAGAAUAGUGUACCCUUAAUUUUAGGAAGACCUUUUCUUGCAACAUCUAGGGCAAUGAUAGAUGUUUGUGAUGGAAAGUUAAAACUUAGGGAGGUGUUAGUUGAAGACCCUCUACAUGGCACUUUGCCGAGGGGAGAAAAGCAUGAGCUGUCAAAUGAGGAAGUGUUGGAGCAGCUUGAAUUUAUGUUAGCAAAUGAGCCAAACAGAAAUACUGAUGAGUUUACUGUGAUUGACAGGAUAGGUGUGCAGAAGUUGAGGCCAUCACUAGAGGAACUGCUAGUUCUCGAUUAG